AUGACCACAAAACCCACUGAUAUAUCGCAAAUAUACGAGAGGAAUCAAGAGGCAACUCUCUAUAUUGGAAAUUUGGAUCCGCAGGUAGAUGAGGAGAUUCUUUGGGAACUUUUUACGCAAGUUGGAAUUGUUAGAAAUGUCCAUAUUCCCCGGGAUAAAGUUACCAAUCAACAUCAGGGAUACGGAUUCGUCGAAUUUGACAACGAAACGGAAGCAGAUUAUGCACAAAAAGUUAUGAAUGCACUCAAAGUCUAUCACAAACCCAUUCGUUGCAACAAAGCAUCCCAAGACAAACGUACUUAUGAAAUUGGCGCAAAUCUUUUCAUUGGAAAUCUUGACCCAGAUGUGGAUGAAAAAUUGCUAUACGACACAUUUUCAGCAUUUGGACUAGUAUUGUCUACUAAGAUUGUAAGGGAAGAGGAGACGGGACUCGGUAAAGGUUUUGGAUUUGUUUCAUUUGAUUCAUUCGAUUCCAGUGACGCUGCUUUGGCCAGUAUGAAUGGCCAGUAUUUAUGUAACAGACCCAUACAAGUUUCCUAUGCAUACAAGAAAGAUACAACGGGAGAGAGGCAUGGUUCAGCUGCUGAGCGAUUACUUGCGGCCAAUAGACCUAGUGACAUCAUUCCCACCAUGGAACCUCCUCCACAAAUACCAAUUCCUCCUCCUCCUAUUUGGAAUUCACAGGCUUAUUGA